AUGUUUAAGUGGGUUACGCCGGCCUCAACGGCGGACUUGUCCCGCUGCACAGAGCCAGAAACAACGACAACAACAACGAUAACGAGAACAGCAAGAGCGACGAGAACAGCAACAAAACCACAACUACUUUCCAUCGCUUUAACAAGUUUAAUAAUAAUAGUCGCAUCAGUUGUGCCGCCAACAAGUGGAUUUAGAUCAAUUGAAACGAAUGGCGGUGGGCGCAAGUUGUUCGGCGGCUAUCGCAUCACCCCAAAGCACUGCCGGGCUACCAAGACGCUACCCAGCUCCGAUCCUCGUGCCAAUGGACCCACCAUCUGCAUGUUCAACCACGAGUGCGCCCAGCGCGGUGGUGAGGUGGUUGGCGCCUGCAUGGAUGGCUUCCUGUUCGGCGCCUGCUGCCAGAUCCCGCCCACUCACGAGCUGGCCAGCACGCUGAUCAAUGAGGCCCAGAACGCCUACUUCCAACAGCACCAGCAGCAGCAGAAGCUUCACCAGGCGGCGGUGGUUCAGAACUCCUUCGAGAGCUCCUACGGCCAGGCAGCUCUGUCGCAGCAAUCCCUCGAGGAGCAGGAGCAGGAGCAGGUGUAUCAGGAUCAGCAGAAUCUGGACAAGGUGUACCAGCAGUUGGACAGCACCAGCAGCAUCAGUCCGCCCAGCGGUGCCUACGGGGGAGAGGAGUCACAGCAGCAACAGCAGGAGGAGGCACAGACACCCGUCAGGGAUGAGCCUGCGUACUCCAGCAGCUCAUCCACAGAGGCCACUCACUCGCAGUCCUCCUCUGCCAGCGUGGAGUUCGAACAGGAAGCUGCUUCCCAGCCAGCCGAGAACUCUGAGAAGAAGGUACCCCCUAAGCCUGUCCAGCCGCCAAACUUCCAUGUGCACAAGCAUUCCGUGACCAUCAACUCGCCUUCAUCGCCACCACAGAACGAUGACUUUGUGAUGCAGGUGCUCAGCACCCUGCCGCCAGAGCACGCCGAUGACCAUCACAUAGUUUUCACCACCGAGGUGCCCACAAAGAUAGCCAGCGGUCUGCAGGAUCAGACGAGCUCCGAGUCCAGCUCCUUCGAGGAGGUUUCCUCCACUCCGGCAGCAACUCAGAAGCCGAAGCCAAAGCCUACCACAAAGCCCACUCAGAAGGCCACCGCAAAGCCCAAGCCGAAGCCAGUGCCUCAGCUUGCCGAGAGCAUGAAGCGACCCAUUCAGCAGCAGAAGCCUCAAGCCAAGCCGAAUCCCAAGCCAGCAGCGGCGACCAAUGUCCACCACCACAACCACUUGAUCCUGGACGGAGGAGAGUUCACGCACAGCGACAUUACGCACCCGGGAGCAGAUGCCGAUCUCGUGGAGGAUCUGCAGUUCUCCACAGGCUAUGGUCCCCAGCCUGUCUACGCGGAGCCACCAAAGAAGCAGCAGCCUCUGGAGCAGAGCUACAUCUCCGCGAGCACAAGUGGCAAGCGUCCCAACAAUCCCACCACAGUCUCCUCCAUUACCACCCAUGUGGACUCCAUUGAAUCGAUCAUUCUGCAGCUGAAUAACACCAGUCACGGUCCCAGCUAUAAUGUGGUGAGCCAGCAGACGCCAUCGUACGGCUAUCCUGGAGUGAGUCCAGUUCACAGUGAGCCAGCCACUCAGCCUCCCAGCUUCUACCAGGCCGGUGAGGCAGAGAAGGUCCAGGAGCAAGAGCAGCAUCCAGAGUACGGCUACACCACCACAGCCAACUAUGAGGCACAGUACGACAAGGUUUCCGAUGAACAGGAUGCCUCAGCAGCCGCCAGUCAAUCCGCAGAGAUGCCCACCGCUCGUCCUGGCUAUGGAGAGGAUGUGUCUGCCGUUCUAGAGGAUCACACAAUGCCCGCCAAUGGCUACCACGAUGCAGUCGCUCCCGUUGCUCCACAGACCUCGCAGUUCAACAAGAUGCCAGUGAUGGGCAUUGCUUACCCAGUUGAUAUGUCCUACAUGGAGGAGGAGGAGAAUCUGCCAGCCACGGCAGCCGGCUAUGGCAACGCCCAGGUCAGCGGCAGCAGUGACUCCUACGAGGCCAGCACUGAGUCCACGUACCAGAAGCUCUCCACCGUCCAGCAGACGGAGCAGCCGCAGCCAGUGCCAACGUAUGUGCGUCCCACCACCAAUGUCAACAAGCAGAACCGUCCAGUGGCCUCCUACAUUGGCAUGGUUACCAUGCAGCACUACAGCCCACAGCCGGGAGCCGGCGGUGAUUAUCAGGCUCAGCUACCCGCCGAGGUAUCCGUGUCCUCGCACACCACCAAGGUUCAGGAGCAGUACGACGAGUCCUCCAGUGGAUACCAGCCAUCGCAGACGACCUCCGGCUAUGUGUCUUCGCCAACUACAGCUCCUCCGGCGGCUCAGCGUCCCCAGUACGAUGCAGUGCAAGAGGAUGCCUCCUCAGAGCGACCCGUUCUGGUGACAGCUGCUCCCAGACCACGACCAAAGCCAAAUACCAAGCGACCAGCCGUGAAGAGACCCCUCGGCGGUGAGAACACCAAGAAGAAGCCACAGCCCAGUACCACCUACAACCAGGAGAAGAUUAGCGAGCACAGCACAAGGAGGCCUGUGUCCAAUGGCUACGGCGGAGAUGCACCUGAGUCCCCCAUCACGCACAUUCAGAUCAAGAAACCAGCGGCCGGCAAUCACCACAAGGAGCAGGAGCAGACUGGCUAUCCCAGGCCAACUAGCGGAGGGUACGAACACACCACAGCGGCAGCGGCUCUGGCUCCAUCUCUCAACUACGAUAAGCCAGAUGCCCCUGGAAGUCAGUAUGACCAGCCCUCGGCCCCAUCCUCGAGCUACGAUCAGCCGGCGCCAGUGCCAUCUCUGAACUACAACGAGGAGAACGUGGCCAGCUCGCCGGGUAGGAAGCCUUCCACCACAAAGCCCAUCUCUACAAGCUACGUGACGGGACCGAGCACUCCACGUCCUCCGGCCACCGUUGACUAUCACUAUGACAAUGUGCCGCCACUCUUCAUGGCCGACGACAAGCUGGACGCCUUCAUCCAGAGCACGGCGGAGAACAUUGUGGGCUCUACACCCGGCAACUACCAGCCUCCUCUGGUGGCCACUGCCUCGACGCCAAUCUAUGCCCACAGGCCCACGAUCAGCAGCAGUUAUGGCGGUCACAAGAAGCCAGGCUUCGUGCAGAUCACCCAGGGAACACCCAAGCCUCCGAGACCCACGGUUCUCAUCACUCCCAAACCCACGGCAAUUAAUCUGGUCACCUACAGCUCCCUGAGCGAUGAGAAUAAUAACAACAAGCUCGCCUCCAGCACGGGUGCUUAUGUUACCGGCAGACCUGGAGCGCAGGGUGUGAGCUCCAACGACUUUGAGGAUCCCGGCUAUUUUGGUAGCAGCCCCAUGCACGUGGCCUUCACCCAGUCCACCACCGAGGCCACCUACGCCGUUCCCUCCGACGACAAACCAGCGUUCCCAGGCUACUUUGGACCCACACCCUCGUAUCCCGCGUUCUCCGUUCCGGGAGAGAAGGUGGGACAGAAUGUGAUGGAGGAGACGUACACGUCGCCCAAUGAUUUUGUCAACUUCCCACCGGUGAGGAAUCCGAAUCUGAAUAUGUCGGCUGCCUCCAGUGCGGUGACCAGUGAUCUGGAGCUCUCCACGCCCGCCUUUGUCGAAGAUGUUGUGCUGAAGGACAAGAUGCACACGCUGGUCCACAAGCUGGUGGCUUCGCUGCAGGGUAACUUUGAGGCCUUGGCCGAUAUGAUCGAGGAGCCGGGAAGCAACAAGACGGUGGCCACCUACCAGGCUGGAGCAACCGCCAAGCCCUCGCGGGUGACCACCCGAAAGCCCGUGAGAGUGGCCAGCACCACCAGGCCGAAGGUAACCACCAAGAAGCCAGUGACUAGAGUUUCCACAAAGGCUCCGAAUAAAAAGACCUCUUCGACAAGCACCACCACCAAGAAGCCAGUGAACCGGCGCACCACUGUGGCCACUUCUGUGACCACCAGGAAACCGGCGACCAAGAAGCCAACCCGCAGAGUGAGCAGCACCAUAAAGACCACAACGGUGAGCUCAGCCCGUCCGGCUGACGAUGAGAUUGUGGAUGAGGAGGAUGAGGAAGACGUGAACCCGAAUCCCAGCGACAACGAGAUCGACCAGGGCGCCACUCUGAGCUCGUACGGCGGCACCAAUGGGCGCAAGAUCCAGUGCGGAGUGCGGCCCCAUGUCAAGUCGGGCCGCAUCGUUGGCGGCAAGGGCUCCACCUUCGGUGCCUUCCCCUGGCAGGUGCUCGUCCGGGAGUCCACCUGGCUGGGCCUGUUCACCAAGAACAAGUGCGGCGGGGUCCUCAUCACCAGUCGUUAUGUCAUCACCGCUGCCCAUUGUCAGCCCGGCUUCCUGGCCUCUCUGGUGGCCGUGAUGGGUGAGUUCGACAUCUCCGGUGAUCUGGAGAGCAAGCGAUCCAUCACUAAGAACGUGAAGCGUGUCAUAGUCCAUCGGCAAUACGAUCCUGCCACUUUUGAGAAUGAUCUUGCCCUGCUGGAAUUGGACAGUCCUGUGCAAUUUGAUACCCAUAUUGUUCCCAUUUGCAUGCCCAACGACUUGGCAGACUUCACGGGUCGCAUGGCCACCGUCACUGGCUGGGGACGCCUCAAGUAUGGUGGCGGAGUGCCCUCUGUUCUCCAAGAGGUUCAGGUGCCGAUUAUCGAGAACAGUGUCUGCCAGGAGAUGUUCCACACUGCUGGCCAUAACAAGAAGAUUCUCACUUCCUUCCUGUGUGCCGGCUAUGCCAAUGGCCAAAAGGACUCCUGCGAGGGUGACAGUGGCGGUCCCUUGGUGCUGCAGCGUCCCGACGGGCGCUACGAGUUGGCCGGAACCGUGUCGCAUGGCAUCAAGUGCGCGGCGCCGUAUUUGCCAGGUGUCUAUAUGCGGACCACCUUCUACAAGCCCUGGCUGCGCAGCAUAACGGGUGUGAAAUAAGGAGUUGUCUUCAUCCAGCCCUUCACUCUUAAGAUUGGCUGGAAGCAACAAGUGUAAAUAGAACGUAGAGAUGUAAGAGUCGUGGACAGAAGCGAGAGAAGUUGGCUCAACCCGCAAAACACACCCACAAUCCAGCAAAUCCUCAGCCGCAAGCAAAACCCUCCUUCAUCCAGGCUACCAUCAUUCCAUUAGCAUAAUUAAAUAUCAACUGCAGCGAAAUACGCUGGGGAUUCCCCCAGAAAAAACAGCGAGAUUCAAAUAAUUUCGA